AGUUUAUAUUUGUUUUUUAUCUAGUGACAAAUGUGUUGGCGAGAGCAAUUUAGUCAAAAUUAUUUAUUUAUUGUGGGCGAUUUGAGAUGUGACGAAAUUUUUUCGUAAUCUUAGUUGAUUUUAUUAUGGAAAUGGUAGUAUUGGUAGUAAUAAAGCAUAAUUUGGAAAGGGUGCAAAUUUUCGUCUUAGAUUGAUAGAAGAAGAAUAAAAGUUGUGGGGGGAUGAGAAAAAUACGAUUUAUGUUCGAUAAUUUCUAACAUAACCUCAAAAUUUUUGAAAAUAAUUUGGUUUUUUUGGUAUUUAAUUUUUUUCUGGCCUAAAAGUACAUGGAUUUUUUUUUCAAAAUUGAUGACAAGGUAGAGAUUUAAGUCCUUAAUAGAACCUCAUUUUUUAUUUAGGAAAAUACCAAGUGGCUUGAAAAAUAUAGCGAUUUUUAGAAAAAAAGAUGUUGAGGGGAGAUGGUAUUACGUAAAUUACGGUGAAACGAGACAAUUUAUCAAAAAUUCUUGACAAUAAAAGUUGUAGGGAAUCGAAAAAUCUACAAUUUACAUUAAUUUAUUUUUUUACAUAACCUCAAAAUUUCCGAAAAAAAUGCUAAUCAUCGAGUUUUUUGGACUUUUUAUUUUUUUUCUGGUACAAUAAUGUAUAGAUUUUUGUCAAAAUUAGUGAAAAGGUAGAGUUUUUUGUCCUUAAUGGAAAGCUAUUUUUUAUUUUGGGAAAUACCGAGUAGUUUGAAAAAUAUAGCAAAUUUAAAAAAAAAAGAUGUUAUGGGGAAAUGGUAUUAACGUAAAUUACGGUGAAACGAGACAAUUUAUCAAGAAAUCUUCACAAUAAAAGUUGUACGGAAUUGAAAAAUCUACAAUUUACAUUAAUUUAUUUUUUUAUAUAACCUCCAAAUUUUAGAGAAAAAUGCAAAUAAUCGACUUUUUUGCACUUUUUAUUUUUUUUCUUGUACAAUAAUGUAUAUAUUUUUGUCAAAAUUGGGGAAAAUGUGGAGUUUUUUAUCCUUAACGGAACGCUAUUUUUUAUUUUUGAAAAUACCGAGUCGUUUGAAAAAUAUAGCAAAUUUAAAAAAAAAGAUGUUAUGGGGAAAUGGUAUUAACGUAAAUUACGGUGAAACGAGACAAUUUAUCAAGAAAUCUUCACAAUAAAAGUUGUAGGGAAUUGAAAAAUCUACAAUUUACAUUAAUUUAUUUUUUUAUAUAACCUCCAAAUUUUAGAGAAAAAUGCAAAUAAUCGACUUUUUUGCACUUUUUAUUUUUUUUUCUUGUACAAUAAUGUAUAUAUUUUUGUCAAAAUUGGGGAAAAUGUGGAGUUUUUUAUCCUUAACGGAACGCUAUUUUUUAUUUUUGAAAAUACCGAGUCGUUUGAAAAAUAUAGCAAAUUUAAAAAAAAAAAGAUGUUAUGGGGAAAUGGUAUUAACGUAAAUUACGGUGAAACGAGACAAUUUAUCAAGAAAUCUUCACAAUAAAAGUUGUAGGGAAUUGAAAAAUCUACAAUUUACAUUAAUUUAUUUUUUUAUAUAACCUCCAAAUUUUAGAGAAAAAUGCAAAUAAUCGACUUUUUUGCACUUUUUAUUUUUUUUCUUGUACAAUAAUGUAUAUAUUUUUGUCAAAAUUGGGGAAAAUGUGGAGUUUUUUAUCCUUAACGGAACGUUAUUUUUUAUUUUUGAAAAUACCGAGUCGUUUGAAAAAUAUAGCAAAUUUAAAAAAAAAAAGAUGUUAUGGGGAAAUGGUAUUAACGUAAAUUACGGUGAAACGAGACAAUUUAUCGAGAAAUCUUCACAAUAAAAGUUGUACGGAAUUGAAAAAUCUACAAUUUACAUUAAUUUAUUUUUUUAUAUAACCUCCAAAUUUUAGAGAAAAAUGCAAAUAAUCGACUUUUUUGCACUUUUUAUUUUUUUUCUUGUACAAUAAUGUAUAUAUUUUUGUCAAAAUUGGGGAAAAUGUGGAGUUUUUUAUCCUUAACGGAACGCUAUUUUUUAUUUUUGAAAAUACCGAGUCGUUUGAAAAAUAUAGCAAAUUUAAAAAAAAAAAGAUGUUAUGGGGAAAUGGUAUUAACGUAAAUUACGGUGAAACGAGACAAUUUAUCGAGAAAUCUUCACAAUAAAAGUUGUAGGGAAUUGAAAAAUCUACAAUUUACAUUAAUUUAUUUUUUUAUAUAACCUCCAAAUUUUAGAGAAAAAUGCAAAUAAUCGACUUUUUUGCACUUUUUAUUUUUUUUUCUGGUACAAUAAUGUAUAAAUUUUUGUAAAAAUUAGUGAAAAGGUAGAGUUUUUUGUCCUUAAUGGAACGCUAUUUUUUAUUUUUGAAAAUACCGAGUAGUUUGAAAAAUAUAGCAAAUUUAAUAAAAAAGAUGUUAUGGGGAAAUGGAUUCACGCCAUUUACGGUAAAACGAGACUUCCCAUCAAAAAAAUAUUUAUAAAGAAGUUAUAGAGAAUCAGAAAAUCUACAAUUUACAUGAAUUAUUUUUUUUACAUAACCUCAAAAUUUUCUUAAAAACGCAAGUAAUUGUUUUAUUUUUGUUUCUUUUAAUUUUUUUCUGGUACAAUAAUAAAUCGAUUUUUUCCAAAAUUAGUGGAUAAUGGGAUUUUUUGUUCUAAAUCGAACUUUUCGAGCAAAAAUGUUAUGGGGAAACAAAUUUGCGCGAUUUGCGGCUAAACGACAAUUCUUAUCAAAAAAAUGUUAACUAAAACUUGUAAACAAUCUACAACUUACUCCAAUUACACUUUUAGAUUACCCCAAAAUUUUCGAAAAAAAAAAUAUUGAAUGUUCUUCUCCUACAGUAAUUCUUGUAGACACCCAGUACAUCGUCUAGACACAAAUUAAAUAUUAUCAAUGUACUUAAUUGAACAAAAAACUUUCGAUAUUGACAAAAUUGCGAAACAAAAUAUUUUGAAUCGCCCACAAUUAAUACAUAACCUGAAAAAUAGCCAUAAUACGUUAUUUUUUUAUGUACAUAACCUCAAUUAUGUCAAAAUCAAGAUUUAUAUUUUUUUGUUAAUCCCAGUGCCAUAGAUAUACAUAAUUUUAAAUACAUUCGAUAUAAAAAAAUUAUUAUAAUACCGAAAUUGCCUUAGGAAUAGUGCCAUAUUUUUUUUACAAUUUUUGUAAUGUAAAAUGAAAAUAAAAUGUGAAAUAAAUAAAAUAUAAUCCUCUAUGGGAUUUAAUUAUCCGUAUUAAUUGUAAAAUCAAUUAAUAUACUAUUGUUAACUAACAAUUCUUAACAGUGAAAAAUAAUUAGAAACCACAGAGAAUCCCUCAUUUUCUAAAAUAACUUUUAAUAAGAAUUGAGUUAUAAAGAAGUAAGAAACGAAAGGAAUGAUUUCUCAACAUUAGUCCUAUGAUAAUUUAAUAUUCCAAAAAUGAUAUAGAAACAAAGCGUAGUGUUGAAAUAGUGAAUAAAUAUUAUAUACAUAUAUGAGAUGAAUGUUUGAAAAAAUAUUUAAGAAAAACAUGUCGAGUUAUAUAUUACAACAACCUGUUCCUUCUCUAUACUUCUUACUUCUUUGUCUUUGAAAGGAUUGUAAGCGCUUAAAACCUGUUUAUUCAACUUAGUCACGUUAGUCGGUUAUUCAAGGUAUGUUGUAGUGAAUAGUGAACAAACAACUAAUUUUAUACAGUAUUUUUGUGAAUCGUCAGUGCUUUAUCAAUUGUUCAAAUUAAAAAGCCGAUAUGAAGAUAACCUUCGUGAUAGCCUUAUUGGUGACGGUAUUUUACAAAGAAACCGUCCAACAAUGUUUCCCCCCGUACGCCGGUAAUCAACCCAAUAGAAAAGGGUAUUUCGAUCUUUAUUCGGGACAACAGGAAUUUUCUUUAGCUUUGUUACACGCAGUUAAUAAAGUUCUUCCUAAUGAAAAUUUAUUUUUCUCGCCGUAUUCUACGUAUCACGCUUUGCUAAUGGCCUACUUCUUAUCAGGCAGACAGACAGAGAAUUAUUUGAAGAAAGUACUUAGACUUAACGCGAAUCAGGAAAAAUCCGAUUUAUACGCCGCAUACAAAAUAGACAAAUUUUCGACGCAAUUAUUCGCCAAAAAUGCUUCGUACGAAUUCACCAGCGCGAAUAAAAUAUACGUGGAAAACGACGUACCGGUGAAAACGUGCGUUUUAGAUGAUUUCAACGACGAGCUCGAAAUGAAAGAUUUCAAAACGAAUCCUGAACAAGCUCGAAUCAGCAUUAACCAAUGGGUGGAAAAUGUCACCCAUCAUAUGAUCAGGGAUCUCAUACCCCCCGGUACUAUAGAUUCAGCUACGAACUUAGUUUUGGUGAACGCUGCUUACUUCAAAGGUUUAUGGGAGAAUAAGUUCCCAGAAGAGUUCACCAGACCGGAAAUUUUCUAUGUCAGUCCAACGAAACAGAUAAUGGUGGAUAUGAUGCAUGUCGAAGGCACUUUUAAACAUGAUGUGUCUGAAUCCUUGGGGGCGCAUAUACUGGAAAUGCCUUACAAGGGCGAUAAUAUAAGUAUGUACGUGCUUUUGCCGCCGUGGUCCGACACCCAAAACGCCAUUGAAAACACUUUGAAGAAUUUGACUUUGGAAAAUUUCAAGAACAUAGUCGAGAACGACAAUCUCAUUUCCAAGACUGUUCAAGUUUCCUUUCCCAAGUUUAGUUUAGAGACAACUUUAGAAAUGACCCCUAUCUUGAAUUCUUUGGGUGUGGGAAGUCUAUUCAAAUCGAACGCCGACUUUAGCGGCCUCUCUAGGAAAAAGUUGUCGCUAGGUGAAGGCAUACAUAAAGCAAGGAUCGAAAUAAACGAACGUGGUUCGCAAGCGGCGGCCGCCACCGCAUUUUUCUCCUUCAGAAUGUUGGGAGAAGACGACGGAAUCGUUAAAUUCAGAUGCAACCGACCUUUCAUUUAUAUCAUUCAUAAUCAUCACACGCAUACCGUACUUUUCGUUGGCAUAUUUAGGGCGGCGCUCAAAUAAUAAAUGACCGUCGUACAAAAAAUUUCACCAACUUUAUACAUCUUUAUAAUUUUAAAUUUCAUACAGCUUCCAAUUGACCAUAAUCGUAACGUUAAGUUUUAGUCUAUUGUCGGUUAUUCGGUAAAUUUACCGAUAUCAAACAAAUAAUAAUCCGAAGCGAACAAAUAAUACUUAUUUCAGGAAAAUUCGCCAUUUUUAGUACGUUUAUAAUCAUUACAAUAAUCUAAUAGCUCUUCUCCACGAUCCGCAAGCUCUUCUCAGUGGUCCGCAAGCUCUUCUCGGUGAUCCGCAAGCUCUUCUCGGUGAUCCGCAAGCUCUUCUCGGUGGUCCGCAAACUCUUUUAUUAUAACGUUCCAUUAGAUCUUAUUGACGAUCGCCAAUUUCUUUCAAAUGUCCGCGAGCCCAUUUAAACUGCUUGCUAGCUCUUUCCAACGGUCCGCGAGCUCUUCUCGACGGUCCGCGAGCUCUUCUCGACGGUCCGCAACAUCAUUUCAAUAGUCUUCAGUCUUUUAAAGAACCCCGAUACUCUUUAAACUGUUUGCAAGCUCUUUUCGGCGGUCCGCGAGCUCUUCUCGAUAGUCGACAGUCCUUUAAAGAACCGCCAGCUCAUUUAAACCGUUUGCAAGCUCUUUUCAACGGCCCGCGAGCUCUUCUCGAUGGUCCGCGAGCUCUUUUCGAUAGUCGACAGUCUUUUAAAGAGCCCCAAGACUCUUUAAACUGUUUGCCAGCUCUUUCCAACGGUCCGCGAGCUCUUCUCCACGGUCCGCGAAAUCAUUUCAAUAGUUUUCAGUGUUUUAAAUGACCGCGAGCUUAUUUAAACUGUUUGCAAGCUCUUUUUAACGGCCCGCGAGCUCUUCUCGACGGUCCGCAAGAUCAUUUCAAUAGUCUUCGGUCUUUUAAAUUACCGCAAGCUCAUUUAAACUGUUUGCAAGCUCUUUCCAACGGUCCGCGAGCUCUUAAUUGUUUUAACGGUCCACUAGCUCCCUCCUAGGGUUCCGCGAGCUCUCCUGCAGUAAAGGAAAAGCGAAACCAAUUAUUUUCUCGAAAUUUUCAAUUUGGUGUCCGUCAUUUUCAAUGGAACGUCUUAGAAUAUCAGAUUUCAUCCAACGCAAUCGUAAAAAUCUCAUUUUUAAAGUUAUGUCUCUCUAAUUUUCAUAUCAUUUAUACUUAUAUUCAUGGUUAGUGCCAUAAAUUUUGUUUAUAACCAGUUUUCGUAAUAAAUUUUUAUCAAAUA